AUGCGGGAGACCCCGGGGCGCGAGGAGUCGGAGCCGGGCGUGGAGGCCCCGUGCGCCGCAGCCUGCCACGCGCAGCGCAUCCUGCAGACGCUCAACGCGUACCGGCGGAGCGGCACCCUCACCGACGUGCCGCUGCUGGCGCCCGCCUACUUCCUGGAGAAGGUGGAGGCCGAUGAGCUGCUGCAGGCCUGCGGCGACUGCCGCCCGCUGCUGCUGGAGGCCCGCGCCUGCUUCAUCCUGGGCCGGGAGGCUAGCGCGCUGCGGGCCCGGCCGCGGAGAUUCAUGGACCUAGCGGAAGUGAUAGUGGUCAUUGGCGGGUGUGACCGAAAGGGACUCCUGAAGCUGCCUUUCGCCGAUGCUUACCACCCCGAGAGUCAGCGCUGGACCCCACUGCCUAGCCUGCCUGGUUACACACGCUCUGAGUUUGCCUCCUGUGCACUGCGAAAUGACAUUUAUGUUUCUGGAGGUCACAUCAACAGCCGUGAUGUCUGGAUGUUCAGCUCCCAUCUGCACACCUGGAUCAAGGUUGCCUCGAUGCACAAGGGCAGGUGGAGGCACAGGAUGGUGGCCCUGCAGGGACAGCUCUUCGCAGUGGGCGGCUUCGAUGGCCUUCGGCGCCUGCGCAGCGUGGAGCGCUACGACCCGUUCUCCAACACCUGGGCGGCCACAGCGCCCCUGCCGGAAGCCGUGAGCUCUGCAGCGGUGGCGCCCUGCGCUGGCCAGCUCUACGUGAUUGGGGGCGCCGGGCAGGACGGUGUCAACACUGAUAAGGUGCAGUGCUUUGACCCCAAGGAGGACCAGUGGAGUCUGCGGUCCCCAGCACCAUUCUUGCAGCGGUGUCUUGAGGCCGUCUCCCUGGAAGACACCAUUUAUGUGGUGGGAGGCCUCAUGAGUAAAAUUUUCACCUAUGACCCUGGCACCGAUGUCUGGGGAGAGGCAGCUGAGCUGCCCGGCCCUGUGGAGAGCUGUGGCGUGACUGUGUGUGACGGGAAGGUGCACAUCCUCGGUGGGCGGGACGAACAUGGGGAAAGCACCAACAGCGUCUUCACCUUUGACCCCAGCAGUGGGCAGGUGGAGGCCCAGCCAGCGCUGCAGCGCUGCACCAGCUCGCAUGGCUGUGUCACCAUUGUCCAGAGCCUGAGCAGAUGAUUGGGACAGCCUGAACCAGGAGGGAGAAAACUUGGGCAUAUGCAGCACUUGGCUCCCCUCCUGGACCCUCCAUGUGAAUAGUCCUCUAACUUAUUGCCCCUUUUCUUGUAGAAAUAAAAGGUUGUU